UUUUUUUUUUUUUUUUUUUAAUUUCAUUUAAUAUCAUAUAUACCCAAAUCUAUAAUGUGUAAGCAUAUUCUUAAUGCACAGGUUGCCAUUCGUGCACCUUGUUGUAAAAAGUGGUUUGAUUGUGCUGAAUGUCAUGCUGCAGUUUCUGAUCAUCCUUUAAGAAAAACAAACGAAAUGGUUUUUGCAUGUAAAAAAUGUAAAAAAGUCUUUCGAAAGGAUAUGACCGAUUAUGAAGAAGAAGAUGAAUAUUGUCCUCAUUGUGAUAAUCAUUAUGUUAUUGAAGCAGUAAUGCCAGAGCCAACUCUUAAUAUUGAAACUGAAGAUAUUCGUGUAGAUAACAGAGUUGUUAAAGAUGAUCGUCUCAAGUCUAGACAAGAGCAGAUUACCAGUGUCUUUCAAAUUGACGGAUCACACAUGUUAGGUUAAACAUUUAAAAAUAAAUAAAUAAAUAAAAAAAAAAAGGAGUAAAUUAUAGUUGGACCUUGAGGAGUUUUUGUU